GGGGAUUUAACUUGAACCGGUUCCAGCGAGCAGACAGUGUGGACCACGGACUCGACCUUACCACGAAACACGCCGGUUUACAAUUUCAACUUGAAAUUUAAUUACAAUUUAAGUCGACUCCGGAGUGAAAUGGCUACUUCUGGCGUACGCACUCAUCGUGCCACAAAUGACAAUGAAAAUACUAUUUUACCUGCUAAAGGUAAAAUAUUCCGAAAGGUUCUUACACAAAGAGCUGCCCUUGGAGAAAUCGGUAACACUGUUACUACAAAACAUGUUGCUAAAAAGGAAAAUUUGGUUGCACCGAUAGAUAAAUGUGUGCAGAGUUUCAAAGAUUUAACUACACUUAAAGAUAAGCCAAAAGAAAAUGUAGCCAAAGAAAGAGCCGUCAAAGGAAAUGAAAUCUGCAAAACGGUCACUGGAUGUGCUGGAGUUAAACCUUCCGAUAUCCAUCUGAAGGUACUAAAUCUUCGAAAGGACUGGCUUAAAACUACAGAUUUGGAAACAGAAAAGAAAAUUCAAACCCAUGAUAUUCCUGCUGGUGUUGAAAACAUUGAUGAACAAGAUGCUGAUAACCUAUUUUUAUUGAGUUCCUAUGUUUUUGAUAUCUUUGAAUAUUUGAAAUCUAUUGAGAAAAAAUAUGCUGUUCGGCCAAAGCAUUUAAGCCAUUUGAAAAUAACCGGUCAUAUGCGUGCUACUUUAAUCGAUUGGCUUGUGGAUGUACAAGUGGAAUUUAAUUUAAUUCAAGAAACGUUUCAAAUGGCUGUAUCAAUUUUAGACAGAUACCUACAGGAAGCAACUGAUGUGACAGGAGAUAAUUUGCAAUUAGUUGGAAUAGGAUGCUUAUUCAUUGCUUGUAAAUAUGAAGAGACUUAUCCUCCUGAAAUUGAAGACUUUGUCUAUAUGUCCAACUCCGCAUUUCUUCGUGGAGAAAUUUUGGAGAUGGAGUGUAAAAUAUUGAAAUGUUUGGAAUUUAACCUUGGCAAACCAGUUCCGAUUAUAUUUUUAAGGCGAUAUAGUAGAACGAUAUCUGCAGAACCCAUGCAGCAUUCUUUUGCUAAAUAUUUUAUAGAAUUGGCCUUAUUAGAUUACAAAUUUGCUUGCGAAAGACCUUCACUUAUUGCUGCUGCAGCUUUACACAUUGGAAGGAGAAUUUCUCUGUCUGAUGAUGUAGCACCAAAUGCUAUUUGGAACCCGACCAUCGCUUAUUAUUCUGGUUAUGCCCUAAGUGAUAUUGAAGAAAUCCUUCCCAGAAUGGCUUUAUGCAUAAAACAAGCAUCCUUAUCAAAAUUGAAGGCUGUUCACAAUAAAUUCUCCUCGAGUAUAUUCCACAAAGUCAGUUUAUCUCCUCAUGUUCAGCCGAAUUCAGGACUUUUGGAUAAAUUAAUCAAUGGUAAAUUUACAUCCUCUUAACUGUUUCAGUACUUCAGAUGAAUCUUAAUUCUAAUGUUGACAAAAACUAAUUUUUGUUGUUUUGAUAAAAGCUCUUUUCAAAUGUGUUAUUAAUAGCCACUAUGUAUCAGUUGUGUAAAUUAUCAUAUAAAUAUAUUAUUUUAUUUGUAAA